AAGGGUGAAGCAUCAUCAACUGGAGGCGAUGUUGGCAACCUUCAGGAGGCCAACCUAGGUCAUAAGCAGACAAGCCAACAAAGUGUGAAAUUAUAUGCCCAAAAUGGAAAGGAAAGCCAAAGAAAAGCAAGAUAUGCUGCGAAGCCUCCUUGAUGCUGUUAAGCAGUGUCAGAUACGAUUUGGUGGACGAUCUGAGUUGGCUACAGAGAAUGAUCCAAGGGUUUCCAUCCUGUGUGCUCAGUUUGAAACUGUAUUCCAGCAUGGGCUCAAAAAACCACCUCAUAGUCAUGGCCCUGUACAAUCUCUCAAGAAUGUGACAGAGAAGAUGUCACAGAGUCUUGUGCCUUUUCGGGAUCAGGUGAAUAAUGUAUUUUGGAAUGUUGUACGUGGAGUGCUGAGCCGACAUGAUUACCAACGAUAUCUCCUCUUGGGAGAGAUCACAACAGAUUGGGGUCGAGGUCGAGCAUGGCUCAGGGCAGCACUCAAUGAGCACUCUCUGGAACGAUACUUGCAGAUGAUUUUGUGUGAGGAAGAGAAACUGUCUGAAUUCUACGAACCUUGGGCUUUCUUGCAGGAUGCAGAGCGCAGCUCCAUGCUCCCCACUAUGGCUGCAGGUCUUGGCUCAAUACUGUUUGCCAUUAAGAUUGAUAACAAGGAGCUGAACGAUUUGCCCUACUAUGUGACCUCUGAGCAAGGUAUUUCUUCAGGAGUGCCCUCUGGAAAAUACCAAGACCCAGAACCAGUCUACUCUGCUUCUCCUGCUGAAAAGGGGAUGGAUCUGAAGAAGGAGAGGAGAAGGAGAAAACGGCAGACCCCUCGGAAUUUGGUGAGCCUGGGUCCAGAAGAUGGAAUGAAUGCAGGAGGUGAAUCGUGGAAAUAUGUCCAGCAGCAUCUGCAAAGCAGGGAGCACUUGAUCAGUGUCUCCAGUGGGGAUUCCUCCCUACUCUCUUCUGACAUCAUGUCCUGUGAUAGCAGGGAUGCUUUUGAACCAGUUGUGGUCCAAGAUCCUCCACUCUCUCAGUUGCAACCAGUAACAAGAUCCAACCAGACACAUCAUUCGAGUCCUGAUCUCCUCAUUUCUUUACCAAGGAGCAAUACCACCCAACAUGCAAUUAGGUCUGAUGGCAGUUCACCUACAUCUUGCAAAGCAUUGACACCAGUGUCUGAGCCAUCAAUUGGGAUGCUCAUUCCUGUUAUUCCACAAAAACCUGCCUCUUCCUUCAAGCCAGAUUCUGAAAGUGAGAGUCAGGCUGAAGGGAAAUUGGCUGUUGAAUCAGAGAAUUAUGAUUCUGCUUCAGUGAAGAGUGGAAACUCAGAUGACAAGGAUAUAAUGGUCCCAUCUCCUUCAAUAAGUGACCUAUCCUCUCAUUCAGGUGAUCCAAGUGCCAAAUGUGCAGCAACAUUGUCAGAGAAGACAACCUUGGAGGCCAAGUGUCUGGAAUUGAAUAACCUUCUCAAAGAAGAGAAGGAAAGAGUGAAUGUCCUGAAGGCAGAAGCAGAGGAAACCAACCGCCUCCUCCGAGAGAGGAAGGAGCAAAUGAACUCCAAGCAUCAGGCCCUCAUUCGAGAGAAUGAACUGCUGAAGCACCAGCUCAAGAAAUAUGUAGGGGCAGUGCAGAUGCUGCGGCAGGAUGGGAAAUCAGCUCAUGAGACACUGGCAUCUCUUGAGUCCUCUCAGCAUCAGAUCCUGGAACCCAGCCACUCUCUGUUAGCUCAUAUACAAGUACAGGAAGAAUCUCAAUAUGAACUAAAGCUCAUCCAGGUGGCUGAAAUGCAUGGGGAGUUGAUGGAAUUCAAUGAACGUCUCCAGCGAGUGAUUCGGAUCAAAGAGGCCACAAUCAGGCGAUUGCGGGAGGAGUUGAUUGAAUUGAGAGGUCCAUUUGCAGAGGAAGGACAGAGUUCAGAUGAUGAGGCCAGUGUGACAUCUGACUAUGACAAUUCUUCCCUCUCCCCCUCUUCAAGAGCGCUCAUCAAUAUCUGGAUACCUUCAGCAUUUCUCACAGGGGGAUCCACCGACAUACACCAUGUAUAUAUCCGGAUUCGUGAUGACGAGUGGAAUGUAUACCGCCGUUACUCUCAGUUCUAUGCAUUCCACAAGAAGCUGAAGCAAGACUACCCGCUUGUCUCAACGUUUGACUUCCCACCCAAGAGAACAAUUGGUAACAAGGACUCCAAGUUUGUUGAGGAGCGGAGACGUCGCCUUCAACAUUACCUCCGCUGUGUCCUCAACAUGCUGGUCCAACACUGCCCUGAGCUGGCCAACAAUCCCGAGAGAAUCAUCCUUACCAGGCUCAUCCCAUUCUUCAAGGAACAUUCCCGAUUGACCGAACGGCAGCAACAGAACCACCGAUCUUCCUCCCGCAAUCCCUUUUCCCGAAGACGGAACACCAGCGAGUCUCAUCAUCCGCAUUAUACUGGGCUCUGAUGAAUGAUGCUCUAUCUACUCGAAGCCAAAUUGUAAGGUGUAAGAAUCCUUAAAAACCAAAUGAAUAUUGUAUUGGUGAUAGCAGUUUACCUGGCACAUUCUCAGCGAUUUGGCUUUUCUAUCUGUCAACUCGUACUCGUGGUUAAUGUGUAAGCAUGCCCAUACAUGGUCUGCCCUCGACCAGUGAUAAACUUUUAUCUUCCUUGUGUAUGAGGAUGACAAAUACAUGUAGCCAAAUGGAUAUUAAUAUCGAUCUCAUAUCAUCAGUAUACAGCGUCAUGGGAUAAGACUUGAGUGAACAGCAUCUUCUGCUGCAUUCUUGGGGAUGAAUUCAUUGUGAUAUCGUUGUCCCAGUUGGGCUAAUGGCAGUGGCAUUAAGUUAUCUAUAAUUAUUGUGCAUAUGUAGUAGGGAA